ACCACAACUCUUUCGCCUUCAUCCUCCUCUCCUGCCCUUGUGUGCUUCUCUUUUUCCUCUGCUUGUGCUGGGUGCGUUGAAGCCGCCACAAGAUGAGUUCUUCAACCAUUCUGCGGAGCCUGACUCCUGCAAACAAGUUUUCUCGAGCUUUCAGACCAACAAGAAGACAUUUCUCUUCAACGAGGCCGGCUGCGCGCAUUGUCGCAAACAACCCCCUCCGUGCGAAAGAAGCCUCACCUCACGUGUCUAGCAAAUAUGCAGUGAUCGACCAUGAGUAUGAUGCGGUCGUGGUUGGAGCCGGCGGCGCAGGUCUGAGAGCCGCAUUCGGUCUGGCAGAGGCAGGUUUCAACACUGCCUGCGUUACAAAGCUUUUCCCCACAAGAAGUCAUACCGUUGCCGCACAGGGAGGUAUCAAUGCUGCCCUGGGUAACAUGCACGAGGAUGACUGGAGAUGGCACAUGUACGAUACCGUGAAGGGGUCCGACUGGCUGGGCGACCAAGAUGCUAUUCAUUACAUGACGCGCGAAGCACCCCGAUCGGUUAUCGAACUCGAAGGCUACGGCUGUCCAUUCUCACGAACCGAAGACGGCCGGAUCUAUCAGAGAGCCUUUGGUGGUCAAUCACAAAAGUACGGCAAAGGUGGACAGGCUUACCGAUGUUGCGCUGCUGCUGACAGAACUGGUCACGCCUUGCUGCACACGCUCUAUGGCCAAUCCCUGCAUUACAACACCAACUAUUUCAUCGAAUACUUUGCCCUGGAUUUGAUCAUGGAAGGUGGCGAGUGCAAGGGCAUCCUUGCGUACAAUCAAGAAGACGGCACCCUGCACAGAUUCAAGGCGAAGAACACCGUUUUGGCCACGGGUGGCUACGGUCGGGCCUACUUCAGCUGCACAUCUGCCCAUACUUGCACUGGUGAUGGAAUGGCCAUGGUCGCUCGUGCCGGUCUACCCAACCAGGAUCUUGAAUUCGUCCAGUUCCACCCCACCGGUAUCUAUGGUGCCGGCUGUCUGAUUACCGAAGGUUCUCGAGGUGAAGGUGGCUACCUGCUCAACUCCGAAGGUGAACGAUUCAUGGAACGUUAUGCCCCUACUGCCAAGGACUUGGCCUCUCGAGAUGUCGUUUCCCGAUCAAUGACCAUGGAAAUUCGUGAGGGACGUGGUGUUGGUCCUGACAAGGAUCACAUUUACCUCCAACUCAGCCACUUGCCUGCCGAAAUUCUCCACGAACGCCUUCCUGGUAUCUCCGAGACUGCCUCCAUCUUUGCUGGUGUCGAUGUCACCAAACAACCAAUUCCUGUCCUUCCAACUGUCCACUACAACAUGGGUGGUAUCCCGACCAAGUACACCGGUGAAGUGCUCACGGUCAACUCCAAGGGUGAAGAUGAGGUUGUUCCUGGAUUGUUCGCUUGUGGCGAGGCUGCCUGUGUCUCCGUUCAUGGUGCCAACAGAUUGGGUGCCAACUCGCUGCUGGACUUGAUCGUCUUCGGACGUGCCGUGUCGCAUACGAUCCGCGAUAACUUCACUCCGGGCCAGACGCAAAAGGAGAUUGCAGCCGAUGCCGGUGCCGACUCGAUCAACGUUCUCGACAAGGUCCGUGAGUCGGACGGCCCCAAGAGCACCUACGAUGUCCGAAGCGCCAUGCAAAAGGUGAUGCAGACUGAUGUCAGUGUUUUCCGAACACAAGAGUCUUUGGACGAAGGUGUAAGAAGGAUCAACGAGGUCGACCAGACGUUCGAUCAGGUCGGUAUCAAGGACCGAAGCAUGAUCUGGAACUCCGACUUGGUGGAAACUCUUGAACUGAGAAACUUGUUGACCUGCGCCACUCAAACUGCGGCAUCUGCUGCCAACCGUAAAGAAUCUCGUGGUGCUCACGCUCGUGAGGACUUCCCCGAACGUGAUGACGAGCACUGGAUGAAGCACACUCUGUCAUGGCAAAAGUCACCACAUGGAAAGGUCGAUCUUGGUUACAGAGCGGUUGUUGGUCACACCUUGGACGAGAACGAAUGCAAGGCGGUUCCACCAUUCAAGAGAACGUAUUAAACCUGAAGUGGCAUGUGUUUAGGGAUGAAGGGGGAUUUUGCCCUCCGUUUAUAUGCUGGUUGGAAAGUUACUAUACCAUGACACAAACAAUGUAAAAAUCAUCAUAUUCUCAUAAACCAUUAUGCAUUUGAUAGCCUGUG